UGCGGCGGAAACGGAAGUUUGGUAAUGAAACAUGAGACGGUCGUUUCUGCAAGGAGGCUUGAAAAUGGACGCAUAAAACAGAACAGGCGAUAAGCGGCGUGUCCCUGUUCUCAUACAGCUCUUUAUUUCGGGCGAGGUGUUUAACUACAGGCGCUGGGGGGUCUUAAACGCGCCGCCUUCACCUGGACGGAGCCUGGGACCCCCGUUAGCAGCGCGCUACCGGUAGCAUGUGCAGUAAGCUCCUGGGUGUGCUGCUUUUUAUGGACAAGAAAAAUGGGACACAAAGGAUUCAAGCUGUGUUGUCUGUGAGUGAAGACAACAAAGCAAACUGAAAACAGCUAAAAGAGUAUAGAAAAAAUAAAGAAGACUUGGACAAGACUUUACAUUUCUCUUCACCUCUGCCUUUACAGGCAUGCUGCUAUUGGACCUGGAGGGACUGGCGUUGCACAGCUCUGUUUUGUGACCCUCUAGUACCCGAACUCUUAUGUUGAAGAUUUUUCCAUCCACUGUGUCAUAGCGUCAUAGGAUGGUGCUCAGUUUGAAGGCAGAUGGAAUUUAACAUUAUUAAUUAAAGACUUGUCAGGGAGUAACAGCACAGGUGAGAAUGUCCACAGAUGAACUAAUGACACAGGUCGCACAUGAUCAUCAAGACAAAGAUCCUGUGAUGGAGUCCCACACAGAGAAGGAAAUAACGAGCAUGCUUAAUUGCUUUCAGAAAGUACAAGAAGAAAAAGAAGAAGGAGGUUGUGAUGAGCAAGUGAACUGUAACUCUUUGGAUGAACCUGAUGAGCCAAUGGACAGUGACCCCUUGGACAAAGGAGAUGAGCCAAUGGACAGUGACUCCUUGGAAAAAGAUCAUUGUCCAUCCCCAACUAAAUCUGAAGAUGGCCCGAGAGAAAUGCAAGGAACUGCCGAGACUAUUUGUAGUGCGCCUGUUGAUGCAACAUCAGUAUUAAAUGACAGCACGUCCACAGAGAACUCUGAGGAUCCAAACCAUAACACUUCAGAGAUGGAAACGCAAAGAGCAGUUGAACAGCCAGAACCAGUAACUGAGAAAAUGGCGCCUUCAGAAGAUGUCUUGGACGAGACUUCAAAAAGUAUGUCCCCUGGACAUGUGCCAGAGCUGGAUCAGAAACCUCUGACGGCGAGUGAAUGCAACUCUGAAGCAAGUGAGGCGGAUGCGCUUACAGAAAAUCCAACCGACCUGGAGUUAUCGAGUCGUGGGCGCCCUCGCAAAGAAAAGCGAGUCAUCAAAUGUGAGUACUGUGGACGGCCUUUCAAUCACGCCUCUGCUUACAUCAUCCACCGCCGUGUCCACACUGGCGAAAAACCCUUUAGUUGCCAGAUUUGCAGCAGGGCAUUUGCUCAACUCUCCAACCUUAGGUCACACAUGAAGGUGCAUAACUCUCCAAAGUUUUUAAGCAUGCAGCAGUACAACAGUUUAGAAAAGAAGACCCCGGUUGUCAAAACUGUGCCCCAGAAAGAGGAGCGCGUGAGGCCGGAACCCAGGGAGGAAUCUCCAAACAAAAGCAGAUCUCCUUCGCGUAGGAGCAGGAAGCCUGUAGCAUGUCCAAUCUGUGGAAAAAUCUUUCCAUACAAAUCUGUGCUGAAGAUACAUUUGCGGAUUCACAGCGGGGAGAAGCCGUACACCUGCAGGGUGUGUGGUAAAGCGUUCACGCAAGCGUGUACGGUCCGCGUCCAUGAAAGGGUGCACUGGUCCAUCAAACCUUUUCUGUGUUCUAAAUGUGGAAAAGGCUUUUCUCAGAUUGGCACCUUGAAGGCGCAUACCUGUGCGGGGAAACCGCAGGUUCAUUCUACUUUAAAAGAAAUGGAAUUGGCUGGAGUUGUAACCUUCCGGUGUCACCUGUGCAGAGAAUGCUUUAGCACUCGAGACGAAUAUGAUCCCCACUUGCAAACGCAUACUGAUAAUCAACGCUACAGCUGCGAGCGCUGCGGCCAAAAGUACGGUCUACGUUCUGAGCUCGACACUCACUCGAAAUACUGCUUUUCUAUGUGGCUUGCAAAAACCAAACCAUUUAAUCGUCUUGCUUCGGCCAAGUUGCACACAAAGCAAGCGCCCACUGAUAAAACGGUUCAAAGCUCACCGGUUGAAAAUGCACCAGACAGUCCUGUAAAAUCACCAAUGUCACCAAUAUCACCAACAUUACCUAUAUUAUCCCCGCCUAAAGAAUCAUCUACGCCACCACGACACGUUUACUCUUCCCCGCUGCCACAGAAACGCAAGAAAUACCUUUCUUUGCUGACUUGUCCGCCUAAGGUGAUCGCCACGUCUAUUUACGACCCUGAAAACAACGUCGGAUAUUGUCAGCCUUUUAAAACCAGUUACUUUGUAUCUCAGUUAAACAGUUUAGACCAGAAAGCUGACCCGAGGAAAUACUUGUGUCCACGGUGUGGGCGGCUCUUCAGACAUGUGGGGCGGCUCAGAGCACACAUGCUUACUCACUCCCGAGGCAAGAGCUUCACCUGUGGUGAAUGUGGGCGGAUCUCGGAAGACUGGAGCACGUUUUGGCGUCACCAGCGCGUGCACAAGCAAAGACGCGGUCGCUUCUUUUGUCCGAUUUGCGGUCAAGGUUUUCGGUUCGCAAGCAGCUACAUGGAGCAUCUGCAGGAACAUCCAGAGCUUAAUGAAUAUUUUUGCCCUUUCUGUCCUCAAACCUUUGCAGAUGCUGAAAGUUUGAAAAACCAUCAAGAAGAAUGGCAUCGGUCGAGCAUGCCGCAUAUAUGUGACAUUUGUGGCAAAGGUUUCCAAAGCCCUGUUGUUCUAAAGAGGCAUAGAGUGGGGCACUGCUUUCAAGACCGAGAGACGGACACCCCUCAUAUAGUUGAUGUGCAACCUACUGUGAAACCUUAUGAAUGCGGUAAGUGCAGUGCCAGUUUUAAAACUUUGGACAGGCUUUUUAGUCAUCAGCUUUGUCACUCGACUAAAAGGGACUCAAAUUUAAGCUUGAGCAACGGCAUCAUUAAUGGGCACAAAGAACUAAAGGAGGAGAAGCAGCAAAACUCUGCACAAAAAGACCACAAGAGCAACCAGCAUGUUAGAGCCUCUACCUCUGAAUCAAACACUUCAGAUUCUUGCCAAGAUACGGCCAAUGGGAGUAGUCCCUCCAGUCUCCCAAUGGUACCGAAUGGCUCCGAUGAAGCGAAAGCGCAACCACAGCAGGACAUCGACACCAGUGUCUCCCAAAGUACAGCAACUUUGCCUCUUUCAUCUUCAGAUUCUGAGUCCAUUCCUCCAGAAGUGGAAGAAGAGGUGAAGACGCCCACGUUCACGUACGAGAGAACUAAGGAAAUUAAGAAAAACGCAGAACCUGAUCAAACGAUUGGCGAUGCAACACCGCGGUCCAAACCAGAGCGGAAAACUGGGCACCUGGAGUGCACAGAGUGCGGUGCUUGGUUUGCUCUUCUUCCAGCUUUGCAUAGACAUUACUUGGAACAUGCUUGGGGACAGUUCUGAAUAUUGUUUUUUUUUUUUUUUUUUUUUAAAGGACACUGUUACAAAAAAAACACGUCUUGUUGAAAUUUUUAAACACUAAAAUUACAGAUCGUCAGAACAUCAAUUUUAAUCUGUUUUACUGCUUUAAACUCUACAGGGUAGUUUUUCCAGACAGGGUUUAAGCCUAGGAGGACUACACAGUGCUUUGAAUAUAAAGUUCUCAAUUGAAAGGAGAUUAGGCCUAGUCCCUGUACUGGAAACUGACCCUAAAACUCUUUGCACUGUUAUGUAAAACUGAACUGUUUUUUUCAAGACGUAAACUGUAAGUAAUGUGCAUUUGGAUGUUACCAGUAUGAAUUAUCCAGAUAUACGCACCUUGGAACGUGGAACAGUUGUAGUUAUAAACAGUGUCUAAAAAAAAUGACCUGCAGUGCUGUGCAAACGUCAGAGUCCGUCCAUCAUUUGUUUUGUUUAAGGUCAAAACAGCCAUUUAUUGUCAACAUUAAAAAUCAUAUAAAAGCCAGCCUCACCAGCUAAGUAUAUACAAUCUCAUAUACAGCUAUAAAAAAAAUUAAAAGAUCAUUUCAGUUUUUGAAUCAGUUUCUCUGAUUUUGCUAUUUAUAGGUUUAUGUUUGAGGAAAACGAACUUUGUUGUUUUAUUUUAUAAACUACAGACAACAUUUCUCCCAAAUUACAAAUAAAAAUAUUGUCAUUUACAGCAUUUACUGUAUUUGCAGAAAAUGAGAAAUGGCUGAAAUAACAACAACAUAUUAUGCAGAGCUUUCAGAUCUUCAACAAUACAAAGAAAACAAGUUCGUAUUUAUAAAGAUUUAAGAGUUCAGAAAUCAAUAUCUGGUGGAAUAAUAACUCUGGUUUUUAAUCACAGUUUUAAUUCAUGCAUCUUGGCAUCAUGUUCUCCUCCACCAGUCUUACACACUGCUUUUGGAUAACUUUAUGCUGCUUUACUCCUGGUGCAAAAAUUCAAGCAGUUCAGUUUGGUGGUUUGAUGGCUUGUGAUCAUCCAUCUUCCUCUUGAUUAUAUUCCAGAGGUUUUCAAUUUGGUAAAAUCAAAGAAACUCAAUUUUUAGGUGGUCUCUUGCUUUUGUCUAGAGCUGUAUUUCCAUAUUUCCUUGUAUUAGAGGUUCCGUUUUUAAUCUUUCUGCAGAUGUCAGAAGAGGGAUUUCUCCAGACAUUAAUUUUUUUUUAGAUUUUUCACCAUCCAUGUCUAAAAAUAAUCUAUUUUAAUAACCUAAUUUAAAGUUUAAUCUCCUCCGAAACAUGUUUAAAAAUCAAAUACUUAUUAUGUAAUAACUGAUUUGAUUGGAAAUUUGAAUACAUGAGGUGAGGUGUGGCCUUUCUUUUGCCCAGUACUCGAUUUCUUCAAUCAUGGACUUUCACUAGUGAAUCAUGUGACAUUUCACUUUUUCUUUUUUUUUUUUUGAGAAAUGAGCUGAAUAGACAUUUCAGAAUUGUGCUACCAUUUGAGGGAGAUUUAAAUUUAAAGUUGUUUAUGAGAUAUCGACUCACUCUGCUCUCCUGGUAGCGUUAAAGGUGCUCUUGUCGUUUAUUUUUUACUUUAUAUAUCACAUUUUUGUACAAGGUUCAUAUUUAAGAAGAAUGUCUGUCUGUAUGUUUUAUACGUAGCACUUGUUUAUGGUAGUGCAUGUUAGAAAAAUUAAAUAAAAUGAAUAAAGUGUCAUAAAAUUA